GCGCCCGACUCCGCACUUCGCCUGACUUCGCACUUACUGGCUGCAUUUAUGCCCUUUCCUGAAACUAACCGCCAACGUACGAGUUUCCUUUCAUCCACAAAUCUAGACAAACUGCAACGAAAUACAGCCCACAUCAUCCUUUGUUUCGUUUCUGCUGCAUGCUCAGGUGCCAGCGCGCUUCCCGUGUGCUUCCGAAAUGUCGAAGGUUACGUUCAAGAUAACUUUGACGUCGGACCCGAAGCUGCCUUUCAAGGUCCUCUGCGUUCCCGAGUGCACGCCUUUCACAGCAGUGUUAAAGUUCGCUGCCGAAGAAUUCAAGGUGCCACCCGCAACCAGUGCUAUUAUCACCGAUGACGGAAUCGGCAUAAACCCUGCCGACACUGCUGGUAACAUCUUCCUGAAGCACGGAUCAGAACUUCGGCUUAUUCCCAGAGACAGGGUUGGACGUUCCAGAUGACCAGAUGCUUACUUAUAUUCUAUACAAUGUACCCAGCACCUGUGCUGGUCAAAGGCAAGAUUUUCUGAACCAAGCUUGCUUAAUAAUUAAAAACUUUUUUCAUCUUCUGCUGUAUCGUGAAAAAUAUAUAUAUAUAUAAAUAAAAGCGAAAAUGUUGCGCAACAGUACUCAA